AUCAACAUCCAGAUUCUUCGUCUCCUUCUUCAUCGAUAUCUCCAACCCUCGACUUUUCAUCUUCUUUUUUGAAACGAUCAUAGAUUAAACCUCCGCAUAACUCCAUCUUUUACAAUCAAUCCUCCAUCAAAUCCCCAUUUAUGGCUUCGUUUCGGUUUACUCCAUCCAUGUGUAUAUAUAUAUAUAUGUUCUCUUCACCCCUUCCUCUUGAUCGCUUUUUUCAUCCACACAGAAAAUCUCUCACUCGAUGAAUUCCAAGAGCAACUCCGGCGCUCUGAUGUCCAAGCAAGCUGAUGGCGUUAACGGUGCUAUCUCCGCCGCGUCAAAAAAAGAGACUGGCAGUAAGGGUGACUCCUCCGCCAAUGCUAGGUCCGGCUUUCCCGGAAAGGAUGGUGUUUCCUCCGCCGUACCAAACAACCAGAGCGGCGGAGCCGGUAACUCUUCAGCCAAAGCUGUCUCCUGCUAUGGUGGAGACCCUAAACAAUUUAGACCACCCCUGCAAGGCCGUCCUGUCCUCCGACGUGCCCACCAGGCGUAUGGGUCAAUCCGGUGUCCACUCCGCAAAACCCGCUCCAGUGUUGUCCUUUGCGGAUGUGAAAUUCGGUCCUCAGGAAGCUGAGUUAAAGUUUCGGCUUAUUCAUUUAUGGGAAGCUCGGAACCCACACUCGAAGACACUUAUUGGUCUAGAGAUGCUUCUGAUUGAUGAACAGGGUACCGGGUUGCUGAACAAGACGUGACCAUCACGUUCUCAUGGAACUCUGUUCUCUCCCCUGUCAAGGAUUGUUCGGUUCAGAUUCCUGAAGACCGGUUCCGGUUCUAUGGAUAUGCUGAGUUUGAACCGGCCUGUGACCUGCAGAUGGAUCUUCAUGAUUUUGUUGGCCACAUGAAGCUAGUGAAUGGCAAGCCUCUGAGUGAAGGUAUGGUGCUUGAUGAGGCCGAGAUAGCUUCUACGCGACGUAUCUUGCUUCACGUUCAAACCCAUGGUGGUCCUGUGAUGAAGCUCUGCCUAUGGGACAAAGCUGCUAUGGAUUUCUGCCUGAAGUUCAAAGCGCAAGGAAACACUCCAAGUGUUAUUCUGGUGACCACUUUAAACCCAAAGCGACUUGGAGGCGCUUUUACUCUCAGCACCCUGUCUCCUUCUCGUGUGUUUUUUGACCGGGAUGUUCAACCAACCAGGGAAUAUCUGAUUUGGUUGAGUUCAAACAUGGAUGUUGCUACCAGGGUGAAUGCCGAUAUUGUCACCAAGGCUGAGAAAGCUACUAUUGCGGAACUAUUCUCAUACAUGAAGCAGGGAGGAGCAAAGGUCGCUUGGUUUGAGUGCACCACAACUAUUGAUGGUGUUGUGCCAUCAUCUGCAUGGUAUUAUAUAGCAUGCGGUGAGUGCAAGACUAAGGCAACCAAAUAGACCACCACACUUAUGUGUAAGAAAUGUGGAAAAGCUGAAGUCACCGGUGUAGCCCAGUACCUUACCAAGCUCUCUGUGUAUGACAACACUGACCACGCCACCUUUGUGCUUCUCGGUGAUGCUGGCCGUGAGUUGACUGGGAGGAAAGCCUCGGAAUUUGUUGAGAGCUACUUUGAUGCCAACGAAAGCUUGGUCGAUGAUUACGUAGUGCCGGUGCCAGAAGCUCUCAUCGCCACCAUUGGGCAAACUCACAAGUUCAGUGUGAAGAUUGCCAAUCACAAUCUCACCGGCAAGACCAUAGCUUUGACUGUCACAAAGGUACACCCUCCUGAAGCUCCAGCACCAGAAGUAGGCAUCGGAGAAAAUGUGAUUGUCCCUGCUGCUGAUGGAACUUUGGAGUUGGGAACUGAUGAGAAUGGUUCUUCUACUGGGAAUGCAGAAGCUGCUGAAGAAAGGGUGAAAAGGGGUUCUGGUACGGCUGAGACAGGAGAAGCUAAACGUGCCAAAUGUGGCUAAUAUGUUUGAAGUAUUAGUUUGGUUUCACUAAAAAACUAUGCUUUCUCACAUUUUUACAUUCAGACUUUGCCUUGGUGGUUAAUAAUUGUGAGGUUCUGGUUUUGGUUUAUUAAAAGACUGCUUUUUUAUA